UACAGUUUUAAUCGCUUAAGUUUGUCCUUAGAUUCAAGUGUAUCCUCAUAGUUUCAGUCGUAACAAAUCGGUCCCUGAAGUAUGCUCAACAUUCAAGUCCUAUUAGUCAAUCAUCUGAAAAAGGUUCCACGUUAGCACAUCACCAAACUUUGCUUUUUUGAAGGUGAAAUUUUAUGGCAAAACUGAAAUCUGGGUAAUACUUCAUGGACUAUAUUGCUAAUAUUGAAAUCUGGGUCAUACUUCAUGGACUGUAUUUGGCUUUGGAAAUUCCGAAGAUGCCAAAGUAUCUGAUUCUCUUCUUCUUGUUUGCCAAGCCUCCUAGUUGUUGCCAUUUUGGGUUAGUAAUCACUCCACAUGAAUCUAAAGAACAAGCAAACUGCUAUUGUUAUUUCCUCCAUCUGACAGCUGUAUCAAUAACAUAGCCAGACAACAAACAGGAUUGCGAGCCAUAAAAUUACCUAUAAAUACACAACAUUAUUGCAAUGCUUAGAAGAACAGGCAAAAAAACAAUCACCAACAACCCAAUCGUUCUAGAAACACUUUCUGGUGAUAGAAGAUGGGAUUUAACAUUUUCUCUCAUGCCUUGCUCAUUAUACUUCUCUCACUGUCAGCCUCUCAUGUUCUUGUCCUAGCAGGGGAUCCCGACAUCACCUCAGACUUCAUUAUCCCGCCAAACUUGAACAACUCGCUCGUGAACGGCACCUUCUUCACCUUCACUGGACUUCGUCCCUUACUCACGUUGCCCCCACCGACAAACUUCACCGUCUCCAAGGUGACAAUGGCAGAAUUUCCCGCCCUAAAUGGCCAGAGUGUCUCUUUUGCCGUCUUAAUGUACCCGCCUGGCAGCGUGAACCCACCGCACACUCACCCUCGGUCUGCGGAGCUCUUAUUCCUUGUUGAGGGUUAUCUCGAAGUCGGAUUCGUUGAUACUACAAAUAAGCUAUACACUCAGAAAAUGCAACCGGGUGAUAUGUUUGUGUUCCCGAAAGGGCUUGUUCACUUUCAGUACUGCACCGGGCCGAAGCCCGCUGUCGCAUUUUCUGCUUUCGGAAGUGCGAGCGCGGGGCUUGUUUCUGUCCCUGGAAGUGUUUUUACGAGUAAUAUUGAUGAUGGAAUCCUUGCCAAGUCCUUCAAAGCGGAUGUUGGUACAAUUCAGAAGUUGAAGGAGGGGCUUGCAGCAAACAAGUGCUGAGUGUGGGAUUAUUAGAGUGCAUAAUAUAUAGUACGAGUGUGGACUACACAUAGGAAAUCAUUACCUAUGUUUAAGUUACAAAAAUAAAAUAGCAUUAGUGUGUUGUGAUAACUACAUUUGGACGUGUAUUCAUAAAGUGCAAUUUUUUGGUUGUUACCAGAAUUGCCUCUUUCAAUAAAUUUAUCUUUUUUUUCUGUGUGAAAUUUAGGACUGUCAGAAUUAUAU